AUGCUGCCGUACCUGUUCCCUGAGCUGUCCACCUUUGCUACAGUCGCCGAUCUUAUCACCCACCUUCGCACUAGUGAUGCUCGCCUGCGUGCUGCCCUUCCCACCGAGUUCUGCGCUAAGAACCCCCCUCCACUGUACUGGACACUCCACUUCAUAGUCACCCGACUCCCUGACACCCUCAGCUCAGUUCGAGACCACUUCCUUGCUCGCUGUCCCACUGAGCUCACAGUCGCCCUCCUAGAGGAGCAGCUGCUAGCGGCCGAAAAGAGCAUUGUAGCUGUCGGUGCUGCUCGUGGCGCUCCUCGCACCCCCAUCUUUGAGGGGUGUUCUCCCUCUCCCCUCGCUCCCUCCUACGCUACUGCUGCUGCUGUUGACUUCCUUGGUGCUGAGUCUGCUGGCGCUGCUUCUACUCCUGCGGAGGCGGGGGCGGCGGAGGGAGCGGUGGCGGCGGCGGCGGCGGCGGCGGUGGCGGCGGUGGCGGCGGAGGGAGUGGUGGCGGCGGCGGCGGUGGCGGCGGCGGCGGCGGUGGCGGCGGCGGCGGUGGCGGUCGGAGCGGAGGUAGUGGUGGUGGCGGAGGUCGGAGUGGAGGCACUGGCUCGGGCCAGAGCUCCCAGCAGCAGCAGCGUCCCCAGACGACCCAGCAGCUUCACGUGUGGGAGGUUCCACACCCCGUACCGCUGCUUCUCCCGCCUUGACGACGCUUGGCGUGAGGAGAUGGGCGAGGAUGUUGAGCGCCCCCGCUGGGCUGAGCUCAUGAGGGCUGGUGUUGAUAUCUUUGCUCUUGACUAUGAUGCUAUUAUUGCUGCCAUGUAUGCAUUGACUGUUAGUGCCGAGGGAGACUGUUACUUGUGUGUGCCGCCUGACCCAGGUAUAGAGCCCGCUGUCCUGGGUACUAGUGAGUCUGCUCUCUCCGGUAUGGUGCCCCCUGUACUUGCUCCCUCCAGUGCUGUCCCGACUGUUUGCGAGUCUGCUCUCUCAGGUACAGCACCCACAGAGACUGCUCUCUCAGGUACCGCACCGGCUGAGGCCUGUCACACCUUCACCCUUGACUCAGUCCUUGCCCAGUCCACCACUGUGCUCCCUUGUCCAGCGGUUCCGUCUGGCUCGUUGUCGGGUUUCCACCUCCCCUCGUUCUCGACGAACCUGGUGAGCAACGCUGUCAUCCAGGAUCAGUGGGUUGACACCUUUACCCCUGGAGGACAGCGUGUGGCGAUCUGCACGUGCUCCAGGACCGGCCGUCACCUGGCUACGUUUACCCGUCGGCCGGGGUCGAGUCUCUACACACUGACCACUGCGUCUCCUCAGGUCGCUGCUGUCGGUCAGGUGUCCGCGUCAGGUCUGGUGGCCCACGCCUGUGAGUGUCGUUCCCUGUCGCACCAGACCCUUCUCUGGCACCACCGCCUGGGUCACCCCUCCUUGCCACGCCUCCGUGGCAUGCACCGUCGCAGCCUUGUGUCUGGUCUUCCCAGGUCCCUCCCUCCCCUCCCUGCCUCGCCUGCGCCGCCUUGCCUUCCUUGCGUCGAGGGGCGGCAGCGCGCCGCUCCUCACUCCUCCUCGUUCCCCCCGACAGAGGCUCCUCUGCAGACCCUCCACCUGGACGUGUGGGGCCCUGCCCGCGUUCGUGGCCAGGGCGGUGAGCGGUACUUUUUGCUGGUUGUCGACGACUACUCGCGUUACACCACGGUCUUCCCCUUGCGCACCAAGGGUGAGGUCCCUGCUGUUCUGAUCCCUUGGAUCCGCACAGUUCGUCUCCAGCUCCGCCGCCGUUUCCGGACGGAUCUUCCUGUCCUGCGUCUGCACUCUGACAGAGGUGGUGAGUUUUCCUCCGAUCUCUUGAGGACCUUCUGUCAGGCGGAGGGCAUCGAGCAGACCUUCACGCUUCCGGACUCCCCACAGCAGAAUGGGGUUGCUGAGCGCCGCAUUGGCCUGGUCAUGGAGGUCGCUCGUACCUCCUUGGUCCACGCGGCGGCUCCCCAUUUUCUGUGGCCGUUUGCUGUCCGGUACGCCGCGCAUCAGCUCAACCUCUGGCCCCGUGUCUCCUUGCCGGAGACCUCGCCCACACUGCGUUGGACGGGGGAGGUUGGCGAUGCGUCGCGCUUCCGGGUGUGGGGUGCUCGUGUCAAACAUUGCAUGUUUAUAUUGUCUAGGCUGUAG